AUGCAAAACAUGCGUCAUCGACCAAAAGGGAUUGUUUCAAGUCACCCAACAGAAAUGAGAAACAAUUCAACAAAGGCGGAUUCAGGGGAAUUGGAUGGAAACAGGUACACGGUGGUAGAGAAGCUGGGAGAGGGGAGUUUUGGAGUGGUCUACAAAAUACAGGACAGAAAUGACGAUGAGUUCUAUGCCAUGAAAGUGCCUAGGGAAACAGAAAAGGAUAAGACAAAAAAGUGUAGGAAGGCAGUGGAGUACCUGAAUGCGGAAAUAGAGGCAUUGGAGAGCAUAAGAAGGCAUCAUGGGAUUAUUAGGGCAGUGAGCUACGAGAAGAACGAGUACCUGAUGAUGGAGCUUGGAGGAGGAAGUUGCCUGGAUUUGAUGAGAAGAAGCAGGAAAGUGGUGACACAGGGGAUAUUCAGGGUAUUCGAGAUGGUUCUGGAUGCAUUGGAGCACAUUCACAGCAGUGGAUACGUUUACAGGGACAUUAAGCCUGAGAAUAUUCUACUGAAUUCAUGCAACCAAAAUUCCAUAACUAACCUUAAAUUGGUUGAUUUUGGUUCAGCAAUCAAAAUAUCAGCCAUUCUGAACAAUUCAGUCGUUGGAACCCUGCGAUACUGCUCGAUAAAUUGCCAUCGAGCUAAGGCACCUUGCUUUCUGGACGACCUGGAGAAUCUUGUUUACGUUUGUAUUUGGAUGUACGAGGGGAAACUGCCCUGGGAAGAAAAGUACCUGAAAAUAGUAGAAAGCAGCGUGAUGGAAGAGAGCAGGGUUGAGGACGUGGAAGAGCACAAUAAACAAGUUGUGGGGAGCAGUAGAGCAGCAGACUCACAGCACAAGAGUAGCACGAAUAUGCGAGUUUGUCAAACAAAAAUGAAAUAUAUGGAAGAAGUCAUAAAUGGUAGUAAAACAAGCUUAACCAAAGACAGGAAGUUGCACGAACUGUACAAAUUCAUCAGCAGCUGCCAAAUGAGGCGUAGGAAUCUGCUUAAAAUUGUUGAGAUUCCCACAGUCUACAAUCCCAGGAUUUACGAAAGGAUGCGUGAGAUUAUUCGAAGCAAGGAGAAGAAGACGAUCUCCCAGAGCAUAUACUCGCUAUUCUGUGGCUGUUGUGUGAUAUGA